UCAAAUAAUUAAUUUCAAUUAACACAUAAUUUUUUAACAAAUACUAUUUGUUUGUAGUAUUUGUACGAUAUUGAUGGCCAUCCUGAGCCUGAAAAAGUGAUGAGUACUCUUUAUCAUGAGAUGAAGAGAAGAUAUUCUGAGAGAAAGAAUAUCAGGCACACGUGGUUUCAGGAACAUUAUUCUGGGGAUCCAAAUGAUUUGGCAAGUGUUAUUGAAGCAGUACCUGAUCACUGCACUACCGAGAGUUGGAAGCAAAUCAUUGACUUAUUUUUGAGCCCAAAAUUCAGGGCGCGUUCAAAUCAAAACAAGAAAAAUAGAGGAGAAAUGCAGUAUUUGUCAACGCAAGGCUCGAGGUCGAUGGCAGCGUCUCGAAAUGAACAUGACGUCCCCGAAGACUACGUAAUUGAUACUUGGAAGAAAGGCCACCUCAAAAAAGGAACAGAAGACACUUGGAUCAGCGAGACAUGCAAAGAACUACAUGAGAAAAUGCUUGAAGAGGUUGCUAGCAUGACGGAUACAGAAGAUGAUUCCAGCGAUGGGUCUGCUAGCAAAUACAAGCAAUUGAAAGCUAUGAAUAAAGUUCUUGGGAGCCGGUCGGACUAUCUAAGAGGAUUGGGUUAUAAAUUGAAAGGCAACUCGACAUCAAGUUCUAGUACUCAAAGUCGAGCUCAAUCACAAGUACCGACUUCAUCCAUUACUCCUGAAGAUAUGGGAGUCUUCGCCGAGUUUAUGUUAAAAAUGCGUGAUAAGAUUGAUCAGUCUGGCACCUCCAGUGACCCGUCUCUGCAUGACCCGCGGUUUAAUAAUUUUUUAGAAAAAUUUUUACCAUCACAACCGCAAGGUAGCGCGUCCAGUUCAGCCCCCCCUCCAACGUCAAUGCCACAACAACAACAACAACAACAACCACGAUCGCCUCAGCAGCCCCAGUUUUUUCAACAACAACAACAACAUUCUCCCAACAUGUCUGGUGGCUCUUCACAAUCGCCUCAGUUGCAUUACAUGUUCGGGCUUCCCUCGCAGUCUCCUCCUAUAUUUUUUUCUAAGCCGCCUGGAGGAUCUCAGACACAACCUAUGGUUGGUAAUAUUGGAGGCUCAUCCCAACAACCAUACCCUGUGUACGGUCAAUUUGGGUCAUUGUUGCAGCAACAACCUGUGUAUGGUCAAAUGGGAGGAUCUCCACAACAGCCUAUGUAUGGAGGCUUUUUCAGUGCUCAGAGUCAGCAACAACAGCAACAACCAAUUUUGGUUCGCCCCCACCCUCGACAAUAUGUGGAGAUCUUGCCUACGCCGCAGACUGGACAACCUUAUUACCCUGCCCCGCCGGCUCAAUCCCGUGAGAAUAUUGAUGGUUCAAGACUUAGCUCAAAUGCAGAUGAAUUUUUAGAAUUUACUGAUUUGAACAAUGAUAGUUAG